GGGAUUCCACACGCCGUGCCCGGUUGGGCGGUGGAUCGCUUCGCUCACUCCGCUGGCCCAUGUUGCGGACCGCGGUCGACUGGCCGAGUGGUCGUCGGCAGUGCGGAGCUGCAGGGGGCGGAAGCUGUUUUUCUGAGGCGUUGCGUUCGGCAUGUCGGGGUUGAGCCAGCUCUCGUGGAGCAGCGUCUUCAAGGCGUCUUGAUGAACAGGAGGUCUCGGCAACGAUGGCGCUUGCAUGUGCGGCCAGCUGCUUGUGCUGCUAUUCGCGUCUGAAGCAGGGCUCCCCGCCGGCUGGCAUGUCCGACCAGCAGCUCUCGAAGGUGUUCGCCACCGAGGAGGACCGUGUGAAUUGCCCUUUCUACUUCAAGAUCGGCGCGUGCAGAAACGGGGACCGCUGCAACCGCUCGCAUGUUCGACCAACCGCCAGCCAGACGCUGAUGAUCUCGCACCUGUACCCCAACACCCCCGAGUCGCUCUCGAUCGCGAACGACGACGAUUGGGACGACGACCAGUACGCCCGCGCGCAGG